CCCUCCUUGCUCAGCGCCCGGCUGCGCCCGGCCAGGAUGGGCUUCUCUUCGGCCGCCGCCGUCUCCUCGGCGCCCCUCGGCCCCACGGCGGGAGACUCGCUGCAGUUCUUUGCUAUCAUCCACUGGAUUCAAGCUGUCACGGCUGCUUUAAGUGUCAUCGGGUCCAGCUCCAUCAUUGGCUACGCCGUGUUCCAGAAUGCCGCCAGAUCCCCAGAGGUGCGGCCCCUCUUCUACCUGAGCAUCUCUGACCUCUGCCUGGGGAUGUGCUGGCUCAUCGGGUCUCUCCUCUACAGCAGCAAGGCCACUGAGAUGCCAAGCCAGGGAGUCACCUGCUAUAACCUUCAAACCAUUGGACAGGUCUUCUACGUUUCAUCUUUCCUAUAUACUGUCAAUUAUACCUGGCAUCUUUACAUGGACUUGAAGGCGAAGUACGAUCAGAGCCGCUUCAGCUGCUCCCCUCAGAUUUUCAGUUACACACAUCACAUUGGCCGAAUAGCAAUCGUUUUGUCUAGCUUAAUCCCUCUCCUGUUGAUGGCUCCUGUGUUUGGUCUCGGCAACCACAACGAAUGUUACCAGAACUUCACUGAAGAACACAAGUGCCUUCUGAUGCACACAGAAACACACCUGUUGCCUGCCAGCCAUGAGCAGCUCACCUGUGUGGUGAUCUAUUUCUACAGCAUCGGAGUCUUCCUCCUCUUCUGUUUGGCCAGCUUCGUAGCCAUCCUGGUCCUGCUUCUCCAAGCCAGAGCCUUGUACAAGAGAUCGGUCAACUCGACGGGUUACCUGGGCGACCGGCAGUGGGCCAUGAUCAAGAUGGUCGAGCAGCGCGUGGUUCUGUACCCCGUCGCGUUCUUCUGCUGCUGGGGGCCAGCCUUUAUCCUUGGAAUAGUCAAACUGACCCCUUUGAAAAACACAAAUAGCCUCUAUAUGGCGCUUUAUGUUUUAGAGGCCCUCACCGCCUCUUCCCAGGGCCUGCUGAACUGUGUCAUUUACGGCUGGACCCAGCACAUGUUCCGCUGCAUGAAACGGAAAGCCUGCAGAGACGUUGACACGCAGACGCCGCUGCUGCGCUCCCAGAAGAGGUUCUACGCCAGCACGCACCCGACCCACACCCGAGAAGCGGCCACGUCCCCCUGCACGGGGUUCUAAGCAAAAGAAAACAUUGGGAAACUGAGCUGCCAGCCCUCUCCUUCCUUCCACCGCUGUGACCCUCACCCCCUUCUCUGCUGCUCGCAUUGGGCUGUUGCCACCUGGUUCUGCCCCCCAACGACCCUGAGUUCGGGCAUGGGUGUGAUGCUGAAGCCGGCCACCAGGAGGCGCUGCAAGAAGCAGAUGUGUGACGUGGGGCAGUGAUUCCCGCCAGAUGACGCUUUGUAACUGGACCAGAAUGGAGAUGAACUGUUUCUCCCUCUCUUUCUGGGUUUUUUUUUUAAUCAACUAUCGUUAUUUAUUUGAUAAAAAUAAUAUUGCAGUCUCU